AUGAGGGAGAUAUUUAUAGACAACCUGCUUCCGGAUAAGAGGAGUGGCAGCGGUGUCUUCUUUGACAAUUUCGCCAUCUUUUUUCCAUCUGCUAUUGGCAUCCUUUCUGGGGCCAACAUCUCUGGAGACUUAAAGGACCCGGAGCAUGCCAUACCCAAGGGAACUCUCUUGGCCAUACUCCUCACCACCAUCAGCUAUCUGGCCAUCUCUGCAACAGUGGGCUCGUGUGUGAUCCGUGAUGCCACAGGAGACCUGAACGACAGCGUGCCCUUGCUGAAUGGGUCUGAUGUGUGUGAGGGGCUGGGCUGUGGCUUCGGCUGGAACUUCACUCGUUGCUCACAGGGAGCGGACUGCAUGUACGGCCUCGCACAAGACAGACAGGUGCUAAGGUUGGUGUCAGGUUUCGGACCUCUCAUCCUUGCCGGGAUCUUUGCUGCAAGUCUGUCCUCUGCUCUGGCCUUCCUGGUCUCUGCCCCGAAGGUGUUCCAGUGUCUUUGCAGAGACAAGAUAUACCCCUAUAUUGGCUUUUUUGCAAAGGGUUAUGGGAAGAAUGAUGAGCCUCUACGUGCUUAUGUUCUGACUUACUUUAUUGCUUUGGCCUUCAUUCUGAUUGGGUCCUUAGAUGUCAUUGCCCCUCUCAUCUCAAACUUCUUCCUCUGCUCCUAUGCUCUGAUCAACUUCAGUUGUUUCCACGCCUCCAUCACCAACUCGCCAGGCUGGAGACCUUCAUUUCGGUACUACAACCACUGGACAGCACUCUUUGGGGCCAUCAUCUCCGUGGUGCUCAUGUUCCUGCUGACCUGGUGGGCAGCCCUCAUCACCUUCAGCCUCAUCCUCUUCCUCCUGGGAUAUGUCACCUACAAGAAGCCAGAGGUGAACUGGGGCUCGUCUGUGCAGGCUAGCACCUACAAGAUGGCUCUGUCCUACUCAGUGUCUCUGUCAGGGGUGGAGGACCACGUCAAGAACUACAGGCCCCAGUGUCUGGUGCUAACAGGGCCCCCGGUUCUACGUCCAGCGCUGGUGGACUUUGUGGGCUCCUUCACUAAGAACAUCAGUCUGAUGAUCUGUGGGGACAUCCUCAUGGAGGAUAAGAUGGCUCUUGCCCAGCGCAGUACUGACAGUCUUGUGAAAUGGCUAAACUGCCGAAAGGUUCGUUCCUUCUACACUCUGCUCAAUGGAGACAGUCUGAGAGACGGAGCGCGGACACUUAUGCAGGCCACAGGUCUGGGUAAACUAAAGCCCAACACUCUGGUUAUGGGAUUUAAGACAAACUGGAGAGAGUGCUCCCCCUACAGCCUGGAGGACUAUGUGAACACUAUCUAUGAUACAUUUGACGCAAACUAUGGCGUGUGCAUUCUGAGAAUGAUGGAGGGCCUUGACAUCACCGAAGAGAUGUUAUGUGAAGAUAAUGCUGCCUUUGAACCAGAUGAACCCCCCCAGCAACAGUGCACCGAUGACACUGCUUCCACAGCGCCAUCUCCUUCAGAUGCACACAACUCCCAGCAAGACCACCACAUUCCCAGCAAUCAGACCACUACAGUCUUCCAGAACAAACAAGGGAAGAGGACCGUUGACGUAUACUGGAUAUCUGAUGACGGAGGUCUGACCCUGUUGAUUCCGUACCUGCUGACUAGAAGGAAGCGCUGGCGCCAUUGUAAGGUGCGUGUCUUCGUAGUGGGGCAACAGCAGACCAUUGAGGAGGAUCGCAAAGAGAUGGUGUGUUUGCUUCAAAGUUUUCGCCUGGAUGUCCACGAUGUCAUCGUCAUAACAGAUAGCGAGCGCCCCCCACUGGCCAAAAGCCUGAUGAGAUUUGAGAACUCUAUCGCCCCCUUCAGGCUGAGAAGUGGAGAGCAGGAGGGUGGCAUUGUGCACCCAGGAAAGGCAGAGAGUCCCUGGAGGGUGUCUGACAAAGAACUGGAUGCACUUAGACUCAAGUCUGAGAGGAAGGUGCGUCUGAAUGAGAUCAUUCGGAGGAAUUCCAAGCACGCUGCGCUGGUCAUUGUGAGUUUGCCUGUACCCCAGAGUGACUGUCCCAGCUCUCUCUACAUGGCCUGGCUGGACUCUCUGACCUUUGGCCUCCACUGUCCAGCUCUGCUCAUACGAGGCAACCAGCAGGAUGUGCUCACCUUCUACUGCCAGUGAAGAGAAAGACACACUCCGCUUACGUCUGAUUGGACCUCACUGCUUGCCGUUGUGAUUUCCUCUUCCUGUUCAGAACGGAUGGAUGAGAAUCUAAUAAUUAAUAGAUUUCAGCUAACCAAAGAUUAUUUGGUCUAUUUAUGGAACUACAGCUGCUGCCAAAUAAAUCAAGGACCUUAGAAAAUAUUUAUAUAAAAGUACUUAAUUCAGAAUUAAUUCAUGGUAAUAUUUAAUUAUCGUCACCGUUGUACAACACAGCUCCAUAAUGCAGCAUGCGUUGUUUGAACUGAUUUCUGAUGGAACAGGUGGAGGUAGAGAUAUACAUACAGAUACGAUGAAAGUGAUUAUUAAAACAACCAUGAUUUAGCUGCCGAAUGAUGACGAGGAGGAUAAUAGUGAUGAAAGUGAUUAUUAAAACAACCAUGAUUUAGCUGCCGAAUGAUGACGAGGAGGAUAAUAAUGAUGAAAGUGAUUAUUAAAACAACCAUGAUUUACCUGCUGAAUGAUGACGAGGAGGAUAAUAGUGAUGAAAGUGAUUAUUAAAACAACCAUGAUUUAGCUGCCGAAUGAUGACAAGGAGGAUAAUAAUGAUGAAAGUGAUUAUUAAAACAACCAUGAUUUAGCUGCCGAAUGAUGACAAGGAGGAUAAUAAUGAUGAAAGUGGAUGCUGGUGGUGAUGAUUUCUCAGGGUUUGUUUAAAAAGAGAACUGGUCUCAGUCUGUUUUUCUGCACUUAGAUUGUCUGUCUAGAAUAGCAUGCAUACUGCGUACUGAUAAUUUAGUGCAGUACAGUGCACACUAGACAUGUUCGUUAUGUCCUGUUGGAGUCUGUGGUCAUUCUUGGCAUUUGUGUGUAGAAUCUGUGAAACCGUUUUGUUCUGUUCAUGUAUGUUUUGAUGAAA